CUAAAGAGCCAUGGAUUUAUUUCUCUGAAACAGCCUUCCUCAGCCUGGGGCCCUCCUGGUAUUUUGGACCACACCUCCCAUCAUCCCCAGCCAGGUGGCCCUUGGUUAGCCUUGUAAUUCAACAUAUCUGAUGGACUCCAAGCUGUAGAAGGCUGGGUUUGGACCACUGGCAUCAUAGGGCAAUGAAGAUGAUACAGGGACUUGAGGUGCCCUCUGAGCACAGGCUGAAGGAACUUGGUAUGUUCAGUCUGGAGAAAAGAUGGAGGGGAGACAUGUUGAGGUAUGUCCAGGUACAUAAAGGGAAGCUACAAGGAAGAUGCUCAAGAACUCUCUUCCACAGCCACAGAAACUGAGACCGGAAGUCACGGAUAUCAGAUCUAUGCAAUGGUUGACCUAUGGAGAUUGUGGGUCUUCCAUCUCUAGAGGUUUUUAAGAAGAGGCUGGACAGCCCCCUCUCAAGCAGUUCCAUUGGUUUUCCUGCACACUGCAGAGGGCUGGACUCAAUCCUUGGGAUCCCUUCCAACUCGACAAUUCGAUGCUUUUUUAAAACUUUCAUUGAAAACUAGAGGAUGCCACUAACCAGCUUUUGUAGGGCAGAGAGAUCUACAACCAGUACCGGGUGGCUUAGUUUUGUCCUAUAAAUGACACUCCUGUCCACCCCCUACCCCCCAGUUUCCGAUGAUAAUAAGUGCCACCAUGCGCUAAGCUGUGGUUUAGAAACCAUAACCGGCUGGGCUCACGCAACAGACGAAGCUGAAGCAAAGCACAAUGGCUGAUAGCAACACAUGAGCCAAACCGCCACUUAGCGGUCAUUCCUCGCUAUCUCACAUCGGACGCUGUGAGCGUCUCGGUCUGUGGUGCACAAGUGGGACUUGACAGCCGUAGCAAGAAAGGGACCUUGUCACAUAGGAAGGGACGCGUUCUGGCCUUUCAUCCUGAACCGAAAUUGGUGGGGGCUUGCUGGCUCGGGCUGUGGGGUGUUGACCAAAGCAGGGGCCGUUCUCAGCUCCUGGGUCUGACCUCAGUUGCUGGAAGGGAUCUUGUUGACAGCAGCUGAGUAGGAGGGGUGAAGAACUGAAUGAUAAUGGGCAGCCGGACUCAAACAGGCCCAGAUAGCAAAUCCUUUGAUUUUUCAAAAUCCCCUUAAGAUAUGUGUGCAUGGGGAGGAAAGACUGUCACGGGUGAAAUUUCACUCUGCGCAUGACCAGUUAUACUUUUUUGGCAUUAUUCCUUCAAGCCCUCUGGAGCUGGGGCUUGUCUCUGAAAAGUUGCUGGAGGCAAAUGUUUUCUUCUGAUUUUAAAAACACACACACACACACACACACACACACCACAAAUGAAACCUGGGUUCUCUGUGAGACUGCCUCCCUCCAGCCCAGCUUCAGCCUCUGAUUUGGGAAGGGGGGACUUCCCCUCCCCAAGGGGGCGUGGAUUCUUCCCCAGCUGUUGGUGGCCCACGUGGUUUGGACACCUUGGGGAAAAGUGCAGUGACCUGCAGGGAAGGGCGGAGGUAGUGGUGGGAUCUCUGUGGCUUUAUAACUCUGCAUGCAGUGAUUCAGCCGUGUCCAGUCAGUGUCCCCUUCGUCCUGCUUCUGGGGGACUUCAGACGUGAGGUGGGACCUCAGUGAGACGUGAACGGUCUGCACCAUCAUGCACCCUGCGCUCUGGCUACUGCUUCUCCUCCUGCAACUGGCAGCACCUUUUCGAUGGGACACGUCUCCGUUCAUCAUCUCGGAGGGUGACCAGGAACAGCUGCCCUGCCCAGCGGAGUGCCCCCACGAGCACGGCCGCCCCGUCUGUGCCUCCGACGGGAAGUUUUACAAGUCGCCCUGUGCCUUCCAGAAAGCCAGGUGCCAGCAACCAACCCUGAUGGCUUGGCCACGCUUCCGCUGCAGAGGGGCUUCCCGGAUAGACAACAACAGUGCCAAUUUGACCCGCUGUCAAGAAGACCGAGCUGCUGCACUUGCAAAAUCCCGGCGCCAAGUCCAUGCCACAUACGUGCCCGAAUGUAGUGAGGAUGGGGCCUUCAUGGAGGUCCAGUGCCAUAAACAAACUGGCUACUGCUGGUGCUCCACGCCGGAAGGCAAGCCCAUCGCUGGAACAUCUGCCCUCAACAAAGCACCCAAUUGCACAGGGACGUUUCCAGUGGGAACAUCAUGGCAGGAGCCUAAUUCCUCUAAACGAGUUGCCUUCGACCUCUUUUCCUCCCUGAACGCAGAAGAAGGUGCCGGGCCCCGGCCUACCCCGCCAAGCCCCGUGCCCCGCAGGCAGGAAGAAGGCACCACCUUGCCUUUCCUGAUUCCCAUCAUCCUUCCAGAUUUCAAGACCAACCACACGGUGAAACCAGCUCAAGAAUAUCCACCGUCGUGCGAGCAGGAACGCCGGGAGGCCAUCCAGGAGGCCCGUCAGCACCAGCAAGAGGGGACCUUCAUCCCUGAGUGUGAAGGCGAUGGCACUUACAAGGAGGUGCAGUGUCACCAAGCCACAGGCUACUGCUGGUGCGUGCGAGUGGACACCGGCCGUCCCGUGCCAGGGACCUCUACCCGAAACUUUCCCCCAGACUGCGAAGCUGACGCGGCAGCCAAAAGCGUGGAAAUAGGUUCCUUUUUCCGGGAUCGGAUCCUGCCGGGUUGCCCCGGGUCGAAGAAAACAGAGUUCCUCUCGCAGCUGAUCAAAGCCUUAACUUCCCACGUGCUGCAGUCGAGGAUGAUGACCAUUCCAUACCGCAGGUUUCCUGAUUCCUUGGCGGCCCCCAGCCUGGAAGAGCGGGCAGUGCGCUGGCAGUUCACCCACCUGGACAGAGAUUUCAGCAACAGCAUAAGCGAGCGGGAGCUGCGCCCGCUCAAGCUGUACAUGAAACACAACGCCCGGCCCAAACGCUGCGUCCGCAAGUUUCUGGAUUACUGCGACCUCAACGGCAACAAGCUGAUCUCGCUGCCGGAGUUCAGAGGCUGUCUGGGGCUCAGCUAACCCCCCGACCCUUUGCACUUUAAAGAGGACUGGAUUUUCUGCCAAGAAGGAUGACGACGCUUCGGGCAGCGGGAAAGAAAAUGAAGGAGAAUGGAGCAUUGGUGACUGCAAAGCCCACCUUCAGUUUUCCCUCUUCUUUCCUCCCUUUGCUUUAAAAAUGUAGAUAAAAAGGGCUGCAGUAAUCAGCUAUCUUCAUAGAUUUUGUAAUAAUAAUAAUAAUAAUAAUAAUAAUAAUAUUUUAAUCCUCGCUUUAUUUUUAUGGUGUCAUUUUAAAGGGAAAAUCUGAAUGUAAGAGGAUGGCUUUCUCUGAGGGUUUUUAAAAAGUUUUUUUUUUUUUUUUAAGGGCAAUUUACCUUCUAAGUCCCUGGCGUUAUGUAAAAAUAAGCUGGAUUUUAGAACAAACUGUAGUCUAUCUGUGUAGGCUAUUUGAAUCAAUAAACUAUAUACGAGAAAGGAUUUUAGGCUCUUGUUUU